AUGAACAAAGGAAAUACCUUUUCAACAUGGAAUUAUGAUGGGAUUGCCACGUUUGAAGACAUUGUAGAGGCAACAGAUGGUUUUGAUGACAAAUACCGCAUUGGAACUGGAGCGUAUAUGAAAGUUUACAAAGCAAAUCUACCAGGAGGCCAGAUAGUAGCUGUGAAAAAACUUCACCCACUUGAAGUCUACGAGUAUAUGGAAAGGGGAAGCUUGGCAAGCAUCCAAAGCAAUGGUGAAGGAGCUGCACAGUUGGACUCUACUUUGAGGGUGAAUGUUAUCAAAGGCGUGACCCAUGCUUUAUCUUACAAGCACCAUGAUUGUAACCUGCCGUUUGUCCAUCGAGACCUAUCAAGCAACAAUGUUCUGUUGAAUUCAGAACUAGGCUAG